UUCACCAUCCUUAAUCUCCCGACCCUCUCAGGACUUUGUGAUUAUACUCACUCCUCAUCCCAAAGCAUGAAAUUCGCCACUCUCCUCUUGCUGGUGGCGCUGGCCGGGGCCCUGGUCUGUGCCGACGACGUCCCCUCUGACCACCCGGAGGCUGCUCCCGUCCAGGACACUGCAACCCCUGUGCUUGAAGACAAGACCACAGGUCCAGCUUCUCCCCAAGAGACAACCACUGCAGCGGCAGCUCAGAGGCCAACCCAGGACGCCAUGCAGUGGCAGGACCUAAUCCCCAUGAGAUCCCUGGUUGAGAAUGUUCUCUUACAAGCGGAAAAGUCCUUUCAAGGAGCAGAAAAAACCUUCCAAGGAGCAGAAAAAAAACUGCGUGGAAGACUACAAGAUGGAAAACAACUUGUAGAAGGUGGAAGUGAUUUUGUACAGCAAUUGAUGAAGAGAUUUCACCCACUAAAAUUUUGGUUCUGAGAAGCUCAACAGAAUAGGGUCACUGGGCUUAAAGCCAUAAACACCCUUGCAGGCUGGAGUGGAGCUAUUAAACUGAAAGC